UCAAAAAGAAUGAGGUUAUAUGUUUGACGUAUGUGUUGUGUUCUUAUCGUAUUUUCUUAUGUGAUUUUUGAGUUUCAUGUGAUAUAGUUAAUAUUAGUGAGGUUUAGUUAUAGGAAAAAUAUGGAUUUAAAAGCUGAAAAGUUCGUGGACGAGUUGCUUAGCGAUGAGGCACAUCAGCGACCUUCAGAUGACGUUAACGUCGAAGAUCUAGAAAUGAAACUUCCAGAAUGGUUUGACGAAGAGAAAUUUAAUCAAGGGCGACGGUUCUACUCGGACUUUUGCUUCAUGUUCACAGCUACUAUGCUGCUCGGUCUCGUCGCAGUGCUAGCGAUCCCGUCGAUCCUGAACGUUCUCAUUGGAACUCGACGAUCAAAUUCAGUGUACACGUCAUACAAGCGUUACUUAUCAACUUUCAUGCAUACAAUGUCGUGGUUUAAAAAUGAACUCAAGCCUGGCUCAGAGUCCUGGCGAUCACUGUACACUGUAAGAAGCAGGCACCUCCAAGCUAGUCGUGCAAGUGAGUUGAAGGGCAACGGAAUAGUUUCCCAACGAGAUGUAGCACUCACCUUAUUUGGUUUCAUUGGUUUCUCGUUCCUGAAACCGGAAAAGUUUGCUAUCACACAACUGCAGAAAGGAGAUUGGGAGGCGUACAAUUUCACGUGGAGAACCAUUGGAUAUAUGAUUGGAUUGGAAGACAGAUACAAUAUAUGUCGAGAAAGUUUUGAGGAAACACGCCAAAUAUGCCAAGUAAUAUUAAAACGAGUGUUCACGCCCUGCCUAGAGAAUGUUCCAGAAUAUUUCGAGCACGUAGCAAAUGUCAUGGCGCAGGGAACUAGCACCGCGUUAUCGGCCAUUGAGCCAACGUCCAUGCUCUUCGCUACCAAAUAUAUAGCCGACGUACCUGGAUACGUGUACACAGAAAAUGACAGAAUGAAACUACAAGAAUCAAUUAAAAAGCACUUAAAAGGACGAUCAACUGAUACAGGCGUCGAUGCAGUCGAUCUGUUGGAAAAAUGCGCUGUCGACGGUUUGUCGAAGCGAACAUCGAAUCUGUUGUAUUUUCACGACUUCGACACCGUAGAGACCUCGCCGGCCUACCGGGCCCUCACACUUGUAGCGAAAUACAAAUUAGCACUCAACGUUGUUAUCGUCGCAUUAUACUCGACGUAUAUUGGACGAAUGUUUUUUAACUUUUAUUUCGAGAUCGCUAUGUUUUUCUGUAAAUACUUUCCUUAUGUCGCUAUGCGGAAGUUCGGUUUUAAGAAUGCUUUUAUAAAUAUAUUCAAAGAAGACCCUGUCGAUGACACCAUUCCCAAGCCUAAUUCAGAAUAUUAUAAACCGAAGCCUCCGGAGUCGUGGUCCAAAGUGCUACUUGAUUUUAUCUGGUGAUACUUUGCAAACUUCAAAUUCACAAAACAUAAAGUAGAGGGUAAUCGGUUAAAUAUGAAAUCAAUCUAUUGACAGAAGUAGUCAUCAUUAUGGCGAACAGAAUAAUGUAACGUUGGAAAUGUUUUUUGUACUUAGGUGUG